UGAGUCGCUCAGAGACAGAUGGGACUGUGUUCAGAAUUCUCACAAAAGCCGAAGGAUUUAUGGAUGCGGAUAUACCCUUACAAUUGGUGUUCCAUUUACCGGUCAAUUACCCAUCGUGUCUACCUGGUGUCGUGGUUAACUCCGAACACCUGACCAGGGCCCAGUGCCUGACUGUGAAAGAGAAGUUACUCGAGCAAGCAGAGAGCCUUUUGUCGGAACCUAUGAUUCAUGAGCUAGUUCUCUGGAUUCAACAAAAUCUCAGGCACGUCCUUAAGCAACCCGAAACUGGAAGUGGCAGCGAAAAGUGUACUUCCACAGUCAGCACGACUGCGGAUGAUGGAUUGUGGAUAACUCUUUUGCAUUUAGAUCACAUGAGAGCAAAGACUAAAUAUGUCAAGACUGUGGAGAAGUGGGCUUCCGAUUUAAGGCUGACAGGAAGACUGAUGUUCAUGGGUAAACUAAUACUGAUUUUACUGCAAGGAGACAGAAACAACAUCAAGGAGUACCUGAUUCUUCAGAAAACCUCCAAAGUAGAUGUGGACUCAAGUGGAAAGAAAUGCAAAGAGAAAAUGAUUAGUGUACUGUUUGAAACAAAAGUACAGACAGAACACAAAAGGUUUCUGGCAUUUGAAGUCAAAGAGUAUUCAUCGUUGGAUGAGUUACAAAAGGAAUUUGAAACUGCAGGACUUAAGAAGCUUUUCUCCGAAUUUGUACUUGGGCUGGUAAAAUGAAAUGGGAGACAGGAGUCUUUCAGUGAAGCAGUGGUGGGGUUUUUGUUGUUGAUUCUGCAUUGGAUUUGAGGAGCAGCUAAUUGAAAUACUCAUAAGGGAACAAUUUUAGAGUUUCUCUGAAGCAAAAUGACAGACACCAUCACAACUUUAGGAACAAAAGCCAAUUCUGUUUAUGGAAUAUUAAACAGUAAAAAUAACUGUGUAUUCUAAUUUUUGCCAGUAAAGGCUUGGUUUAAUAGAUAGGAUGUUAUUUGAAAGAUAAAUAUAAAAAGAUGAUGGUAAAUGUGCCCUUGUGUUUAUACAGAAUAUUUGUUUGGAACUGCGCUAUUUUCUGGCCAAUUUUCUCGUAAUUAAGUGAAUUUUUAAAAAGAGAUUUAUUUUCAUGUUUACAUGUUUAGCAUUUGAUCACAAUUUUCCCCCAUUCAGCUUAUUAUGUCUAAUGUUUUAAGUUGAAUGUUAAGAAAAAUAUAACACUGAUUUUCUUUGUGGAAUUGCAUAAAUGCUUAGUUUAAAUACAAACUAAAGAAGUUCUAUAGAA